AGCCUCUAUGAUGAAAGAGGUCAAGCUAACGCAAAUCAUGAUCUUGUGGGCAAAUAUUUUACCAACGCAGUGAGUCUACUCUCUGAUACACCCAAUGACUUCCAAAUAUAACUUCAAUGCUUUCAGAUGUUGAAUAUGGAAUGGGAGAAGCGACUUCAAAACAUCUGUGGAAAAUGUUGGCAGCAAAUUUGGGAGUUUCAUCAAUUCCAGCAGUCCAUUAUUGAGGCGCAGAAGUACAUGCUACUGCAGGUAGAAGCCACAAAAGAAGUUGAGGAAGUUAAGAUAAAGUCUGAGUUGAAUAUAAAUCAACAGGAAGCACAACUGGAGUUGCAUAUAACCAAGAGAUUAAGUGCUGUCACGGAAGAUUUAAUCAAACCUACCACCCUUACCUUUGACAUAAAAACUGAGGAACCUUUGGAUCUAAACAGUGAUUAUGAAGGGAUGUCGUCUCGUGUCGAUGAGCAGGAUCAUUUAACGAAUAAAGAGAUAUCUCUGAUGAUGUCCAAUAGAAAAGAAAAUCCAUCCUUACAGAAUGACGAUGAGUCCAAUGAUGAUUAUAGCUCUAGUGAUGACAUGCUCUUAUCAUCUUUGGACAAGACCAAUCUCUGUUCCUCAGAUAAAAAAGUUCCUGCUUCAAAAAAGUCAGUAGAGAAGUUUGAUGAAAUGGUUGCCUUGUGGCGUUCUUCCUUAGAAUGUGAAAUUUGUCAUCAGCUGGUGGCCAGCUAUUCCCAGUUGAAGGAACAUUUUGCCAAAAACCAUACUUCAGAAAUUUGUUACAUCAUGUGUUGCCAAUUGAGGCUGGAAACUCGUAACAAUAUUGACAGACACAUACGCUAUCAUAAUGCCCCGCAGCAGCUAAAAUGUGAAUCCUGUUGCAGAGCUUAUCGUCAUAUGAGAUAUUUGAGAGAACACGAAAGAAAAGUCCACACCAGCAAGGGAGGAGAUAAAAGUGCUAAAGACAGCAAAAAGUCGGAAAGAAAAUAUCGUUGCAUGAAGUGUUCGAAGGACUUUACAACGGAAAAACAUAUGAAUCAACACAAUCGUUAUAUCCAUAAACUCAAGAAUUUGGAAUGUAACCUGUGUGAGAAAACGUUUUUUCGUCCGCAUGCACUGCGCGAGCAUUUGGCUAGCCAUAAAGGCGAGAGGGCGCAUGUCUGCUCCGUUUGUCCCAAGACAUUCACCUGGCGAUCUAAUUUCAGCCGCCAUAUGAGAAAAUCUCAUCCCCAGGAAUGGAAGCGGAUACAAAACGAGGCGGCCCAAACAGAAAGUCUGAGAGAGUAUCAGGAUGAGCAGGACCAUUUAACGGAUGAAGAAAUGUCUCUAAUGACAUCCUUACAGAAUGACGAUGACGAUGAAUAUAAUGAAGAUUAUAGCUCGAGUGAUGACAUGUCCUUAUCAUCUUUGGGCCAGACCCAUAUUUCCUCUUCAAAAAUCAAAGUCCCUACUACAAAAAGGUUGAAAUGUAAAUUUUGUGAAAAAUCGUUUAGGCGUCCAGUGUUACUGCUCGAGCAUUUGGCUAGCCACAAAGGCAAGAAGACGCAAAUCUGCUCCUUUUGUCCCAAGGCAUUCACCUGGCGAUCUAGUUUGUGCAACCAUAUGAGCAAAACUCAUCCCGAGGAAUGGACGAGGAUACAAAACGAUUCGGCCCAAAAUGGGGAGGCCCAAAGACACACUCUCAGAGAGUAUCGACGAGAAACUCGAGGAAAGUGUAUGAUCUAUAUUUGCAUUUAUUGCACCGCGGAGUAUGACAAGCGCUCUUCCAUGCUCUAUCAUAUCAGCCGAUGUCGAAGAGAGAGUGAAAGAAAAGAGCCUAAAAUGGAGUUUCGGCUUGAAACCCGAGGAGAGUCUAUUGUCUAUAUUUGCAUUUAUUGUUCGGAAGAGCAUGAAAAGCGGAUUUCCAUGCAGAAUCAUAUCAAGUGUUGCCCUAGACGCAAUCAACCAACAGAGCCUGAAAAGGGAUAUCGGCAAGAAACUCGUGGAGAGAGUAUUGUCUAUAUUUGCAGUUAUUGUUCCAGAGAGUAUGAAAAUCGGUUUUCCAUUUACGGCCAUAUUAGGCGAUGUCAAGGAAGCGAUAGAGCAAUUGAUUCUAAAAAGGGGUAUCGCCGAGAAACUCGGGGGGCGAGUAUGGUCUAUGUCUGUAUUUUUUGUUCUAAGGAGUAUAGAAAUCGUGAAUCCAUUAACUAUCAUAUCUACCAUUCCCAUAGAGAUGAAGAAUCUCUAGCAAGGCAGCAGGCACCAUUGUUAGCUAUGCAGCAGGAAUCGAGUCAAAGAACUCCACUUACUCAAGACUCACUUAACAACUGGAUUAUAGGGUCGAAUACAAGUGAUGUAGCCAACAUAACACCAGAUGGUUAUAACAUAAAUGAACUUGGCAAAGAAGGAGAAGCGGAAGAAGAUGAUUCAUUAAUGACCCCUGUAGAAGGAACAGAAUGGAAAUAUGAUGAAAAUGCAACAAGUACUAAUGUGAAGACCGAACAAUUGUCGGCAGAUGAAAAUUCCUUGGAAAAUGAGGAAAUGAAUGAAAAUAAUGUACCACAAGAAUUUGAAGAUGCUGCUUGGGAAAGUGGAGAAUUUCUAAAAUCCGAAGAAGAAUUUAUUGAGCUUUAAGCAAAGGUUAAA